AUGGACCUGUCGCGCAAGCCCUCCCCUGUGCCUUUUCGUCCUGUCCCCCAAGGCAGGGAGCUGGCCACCUACGGCCAGGCCGUGCAGUGCAGAGCCUCUCGCAGGACCCGCCUAGCUUUCUCCCCAAGUGCUGGAUUCUCCCCCCGCUCCCAGUCCUCGUCUUUCUCUUGUUCUGUUGCCUCUGUCCAAAUCCCAAAUGGUACUAAUUCCACAACCACCCUGGCCCGUGCGCGGGGCUAA